AAAAGGAAAGUGGGUCAAGCAAAUGAAGGGAAGAAGGAAACGCAAGAACAGAGCAAGUGCUGGUGAAGAUAAUUUGAAGAGCAUUCACCAAAUGGUUGGAAUUGAAGGGGAGUGCAGCUCCUCGAAUUGUAAAAAUGAAAGCAGUAGGAAUUGGAAACAAGAAGCAGCAAAAUUUUGGGAAAUAAGGGCAAUGUGGAUGGCCUUAUUAGAUGCAAGAGGAAGAUCUGGCGGAAUUGCGAGCGUAUGGAAUCUAGAUUCGUUCAACAUGGUGCGAAGAAUUGAAGGCAGUGGCUUUAUUGGAAUGUUUGGCUUUUGGGGAAAGGAUGCAGUGCCUUGCUUUCUUAUAAAUGUUUAUUCUUCCUGUGAUAAGCAAGAGAAAAGAAUCUUUUGGGGUGAACUCCUUGACUUAAUUAAGGCAAAUGGAGGUGGAAAUUGGUGUGUUGGAGGGGAUUUUAAUGCAAUACGAGACCAAGAAGAAAGAAGUGGGAGGUACAUUGAUGCUGCAAAUAUGAGAGGUUUCAAUGACUUCAUCUUAGGAGUAGGCUUGGAGGAAAUACCUAUGGUAGGGAGAAAAUUUACAUGGUAUAAACCAGAUGGAACAACAAUGAGUAAACUAGACAGAUUCUUAUUCUCCACAAAAUUUCUAAUCAACUUCCUAAAUUUGUCUCUACGAGCUUUGAAUAGAGACCUAUCAAAUCACUGCCCUAUUCUACUGAAAAGCUUAAAUACGGAUUGGGGUCCAAAGCCAUUUAGAAGCUUAAACUGCUGGAUGAAUCACGAGGGCUUUGAUGUAUUUGUUCAUGAUAAGUGGAGAAGUUUUGAGAUAGAUGGGUGGGGCUGUUACAAACUAAAAGAAAAGCUGAAGAUGUUAAAAAUGGAGUUGGAAGCUUGGAACAAAGAAGUAUUCGGAGGAGUGGAUAGAAAUAUUGAUGCAGCUAGAGAAGAAAUAAAGCGGUUAGAUGAAAAGGAGGGGAAUGGUGGGCCUACAAGCAUGGAGAUCGGUAAAAGAAAGGAGAAUUUUCAUAAGCUCAUGGAGUGGAGUAAGGCAAAAGAUAGCAUGGUAUUUCAGAAAUCUAAGCAGAGAUGGCUAAAAGAAGGUGACGCAAACACGAAGUACUUCCAUGGUUACAUUGUCCAUAGAAGAAAGCAAAAUGGAAUUAUAGGCCUCUAUAGCAAUGGAGAAUGGAUCGAAGAUGUCAGUGAGGGAAAGGAGCUGGCAAGAAACUACUUCAAAGGUAAAUUUGAAGAAGAAAAGUGGAGCAGACCUACACUAGGAGACUUGCAAUUCAAGAAGAUUAGUGAAGCUGAUAAUAAGUUCUUAAUCUCCAAAUUUUCUACCGAGGAGAUUGAUGAAGCAGUGUGAGGAUGCAAUGGAACCAAAAGCCCAGGCCCAGAUGGUUUUAAUUUCAAUUUUAUUAAAAAGCACUCAAUAGACAUCAAGGAAGAAGGUUUGACGCUGGUAGAAAUAUGAUGGAUUUUCACCCUUAAAGGCAGGUAAAUGUUUUGAAAACAUGUGUUUGAUUACUUUCUGUUGUUGUAGGCUCCCGUCAUAUUUCUGGGAGCUUUUGCUAUGAAUGGAACUUUAUGUUUUAGUAAUGUAAUGGGUUUUGAGUACGUCCUAUAUUCCAUGAAUAAUAUAUUUACUUUGCUUAU